UAAUCUGGUUUAUAUACGCGAUGUGCCAGUCUUACCACAUCUCUUGAACUGAGUACAAGUGUUUAUUCAAUUUUAUUUUUUUGCCAAAACAUUUACGACAUGGGAUCGUUUACGACCAUUCUGUGCCUUUUUGCCGCUUUUCUGAUCAUCGACAGCGUUUCCGCUGCUGGCAGCUGUCCGCUAGCCUCGAAGAUAUACAGCUGCAGCCCCAAAUGUCAGCAGAACUACGAUUGCAGCCACGGCAAGAUAUGCUGCCCUAACGGUUGCAAUGCUAAAUCCUGCAUUGACGCCAACGCGUUCGGAUCUUCGAGUAACAACGAUAAGCGCACGCAAUCUGGUGGUCCCGGUGUCUACUGCAAUAACGUGAAAUGUAGCGCAUUCGAAGUCUGCAAGAUGGACCCUGCUACCAAAAGGAUGAAGUGUGUAAGGGCCUAGUAAUACUACAGACCCUUUAUGUUCUAGACCAAUGUUCUACACUUAUGUUCUAAAGUCCUAUGUGCGUAAAUUUAAAUAGACAUCGAAUUAAUUCGCUUAACAUGAACUAAGGCUAUUUAUGUCAUAUUUUAAUUUUUUAAUAAGUUUUUAUGUAGAUUUUCACUGUUAAAACAUUCGUCAAAAAAAACAUACAGACAAAUUGAGUACCUUCUUCUUUUGGAAAGUCGGUCAAAAAUCACGUUAUGCUUCUCAUUUGCUUUGUUAAAACUGAAAUAACAAUAUUAUGUUUUUGUACAAUUAUUUUAGCAGUGCAAAUAUAUUUAUAUGUUUCAUUUUGUAAAAAGUAUAAAUAAAAUUUUAAACUA